AUGAGGCUCUUUACCCCCGCCACCAGAACUAUCACAGCCACCAGAAACAUAACAACGGGGAGGUACCUCACCCAUCCCACCAUCUCUACGACACGGCUUCCUACGACUGCCCCAACAAUACAAAACAACCAUGGCAAUCAAAUAAGGGCCUACUCCUCGUCCUCAGGAGCAGAAAAGGGCACUCCCCAACCACCACCCUUCAACCCCGAAACCUACCUCCACCAAGCAACCAAAACCCUCUCUAACAUCCCACCAAAACUCAUACCCGACACCCUCCACCCUACUCAAUCCCACCUUCUCUCUCUCGCUUUAUCCUCCCAUCUACCAAGCAUCUGUCUUCCCGCGGGCUUCUCCUUCUUCACGUCUUCCUCCUCUUCCUCCCCAUUCCCAUGGCCGCAGCCUGAGCAAGCGGCGUUGCUGCCCGGGUAUCAUCUAGCAUACUACCCCCUCCAAACCCCUCCGCAACUUUUAUUUCCCGACGGUACAGACGCCGAUCACUGCCCCGGCGCGCCCUUUACGAGGAGGAUGUGGGCGGGCGGGAGGAUUGAGUUUGGGACUGGGUCGGAACAAAACUUCAACGUGGAUGGGAGGAAGACGGUUUGUGUUGAGACUCUAGGGACGCCGCCUGUGGUGCAAAUUGGGAAAAUGGGAAAGGAAGAGGAGCAGAGGGUUUGGGUGGAUGUUUGGAGGACCUAUGUUACUUUCCCUCCCGAGACCCCUUCUAAACAAAUGGAGGAAGUGGUACGGGAUGUGGUUAGGGAUUUACAAGCUGCGGGAGCAGGAGCGGGAGCGGGAGGGCAAGAAUGUGCCACCAUCAGCGAGGCAGCAAAGGCAUCGAAAGAGGGCGUAAUCUCGGAACUCCGCCGUCUGGUUUUCCUUCGAGAACGCGAGCCAGGUUCAAAACUGGAACCAGCGAGGGUGAUCCGCGUCCCCCACCAACCCGAUUUUUCUUUCAAAAUGACCCCCGACGCCACUUUGUUGUUUCAGUUCUCCGCGCUGACGUUCAACGCGCACGCCAUCCAUUUGGACCCGCUGUACGCGCGGGAAGUCGAGGGAUAUAAAGAAAGGCUGGUGCAUGGCCCCUUGACGUUGGUGAUUAUGUUGAGGGCUGUUGAGGGGUUUUUGAGGGCCGCUUCUUCUUCUACUUCUACUGUCACCAGUGCUGGUGCUGAUACAGACCCGGCCACCGCUGCUCAUGCCGCGACCCACAUCUCGGAGGGCAUAAGGGAAAGGUUGUUCAUUCCGGAGGAGGAACCGAAGAAGAAAACGCAAUGGGAGAUUGCAAGUAUAGAGUACAAAAACCUUCGACCGCUGUUUGUGGGCGAGGAGAUGAAGGUUUGUGUCAGGUUGUUGCCUAACAAACAACAACAAAAGAACGGCGUCGAUGAGGCGGGCUUGGGCUUGUGCUUGGGUGAGCCGCGCAGGGAGAGGGUUGAUGUGUGGAUUGAGGCGCCCGAUGGGGGGUUGGCUGUUAAGGGGACUGUUGGUGUUGAGUCGAGGUAG